GCGGCUCGCCUCCUGCUUCAUUAUCACAGGAGCGAAGGGGAACCUCCCGCUCCGGUCCGUGCUUUUGCAAGCGCCCUGGACUGGCCCCCGCGGGAGCCCCGCUGCCCCGAGCUCAUCCCCAGCGGGCCCGGCCCCACGGAAUCCCUGGCGCCCCGCGUCAGCUGCUCGCCCCGGCCCGGCUGAGCGCCGUGGAGCCUGCGCAAGGCGGAGCCGGAGGCAGGGGAGGGAGAAGAUGGCGGAGGCAGAGUGAGGAAACUGAGGAACAGAGGUAAGUUGAUUUUCCUUAAAAUCACACAGCAAAUCAAUGGCAGAGCCAGGAGUAGAACCCAUGAGUCCUGUGUCCUCCUUGCCUGCUCUUAACCAAUACUCCAUGCUGCUAAUUCAAGGCAAAGCACUCGCUGCUGUAAACAUGUUCAUACUCUGCAUAGGUGCCUCUGCACUAGGGAAUUCCUUUCGUUUCUCUGAGCGGUCAAGGUGACACUGUGACACUGUGAUAAAAAUGUUUGGUCCACAGCAGAGUUUGCAUGGUUGAUAGAACCACUGCAGCUGCACUGCUGCUGUAAAACAAAUAAUUUCCUACCAUGGGCAAGGCUUGUGAUUGCUUGAUGAAUGCUGUCAGUUGUUUCAUCAAUCAUUGUCUGCUGAAUUCUUUUAAUAUUGUGUAUGCUGGCAUCAUUAAACUCCAUCCAUGCUACUGCCAAUAUGUUUUCUCUGGUAAUUAAUAAUAAUAAUACCAAGUUGUAUGUAACAUUUUUCAGCAGUAGGUCUCAAAGCACUUUACAAAAUGAGAUCAGUAUCACGAUCCCCAUUUUACCGAGGCACAGGUAGGUGCAGUGACUUGCCCAAAAUCACCUCACCUGCUAAUGGCAGAGCCAAGAAUAGAAGCCAGGUCUCCGGAGGCCCAGUCCAGUGUUCUACAUAGUAGGCCAUAGGGCUCCGCAGUGUUGACCCUUCAAUCCCAUGCUUUUUAUUUUACUUAUUUAAGCAAUGACAUAUUCUUACUUGGAACUUCCGUGGUUGCGUUAGAAGUCCAUGGCUUAUCCCACUAAUCAGAUUUGAUACUUUUGCUGCUGCUUUUGCUGUCUUCUCAUUUUGUAUGAUGCUCAUUAACCUUGCCCUGCUCUCCUCUUUUCCCCUCCUUAGGGGCAAGAGUGACAUGACGCUGCAGUGGCAGCAGUGAGAUAAACUGCCAGGUUCAUAUUUUUAAAAAAAGUCUCUUAGUUAUUUAAGAUGUUGCUGCUCCAUUCUAGAUAACUAAAAAUGUAAUGGAAAUUUAUCAUUUGUGCCAUCAUGCCAGAGCUGCAUCAGAUCUGGUAGUGAUGUAAAUUUAGCACUGGUGUAAAUGACUGCACAAGAUGCAGGAGGACAGAAAAGUAGGCCCUCUGUAUCCACAAUAAUGGCAGCAUUUCAGGCUCACAAACCUGGGUUGCACACUUAACUGCUCAUGAGUGUAGUUCUAUUGGAGUCAUUACGACUGUCCACAUGAGUAAAUUGAUGCUCAAUCCACAAGAUUGAAGUUCUAUGUGGAUAGGGCAACACUUUUUUUUUAUGUGGUCUCUUUGGCAACCCUCUCAAAAAGUAUGGAUUUCUACCUAGCUGUAGAUCAUAAGUAUUGAAGACAGUAUGGUGUGCAUUAGAUCCUUUCUGGAGUUGGUUGCUGUGGCUUACCAGUAUUAAUAUAGUUAGCCUCAGAUUUGGUAUGUCUGCCUCUUGUAAUUUCCUCCAAAAUUUCUACUCUGUAAAAGUGAAUGCGCUGCCGGACAUAGUGCUCCUCCACCUUGCCUUUGUGGCUAUGCACCAUUAGACUGCAUCUUAUGCUCUGAUCAAGGAAUGGAAUGGGGAAACAAGGAGUCUUUUACUUCUGUCUCUGUCCAUGUGGCCAUGAGUAAGAGUUAUCGAAAGCUGCCACCAGUUGGCAGUUUCAUAUUUAAAAACAAUGUUUUCUUUAAAGUUCCAGGUGGCUAAGCUGUCCAUGUCCUACAUGAAUAUGAUGUUGAAUUCAUGUAAAACAACAGUUUUGAUUGACGGUUUUAAAAAAGAUGGUUGGGAAGGAAAUUCUGCCCUUCAUAUCUAGAGUGUACAGAGCUGGGCAUGUAUGGAAUGCUCUGAUGCUGAUGGGAAGAUGGAGUUUUUUAACCUCUUUGCACUGUUUAUUUUGUAGCCAAGAAUAAUUUUUCUUAACAUCCUGUUAUACAGAUUUUAAUGAAAUCUGUGUUGCCUUCAUGAGAAUUUCUGUGUAAUGGGAUUAUGUGCCCUUCUAGCUUUCAAAGACUCACCUUCUCUUCUCAAUUAUUACAAAGGUUGUUGGCUCCACCCUGCAAAAUUUUUUCUUAAAUUUCAUUUCCCCACUGUACACUGUGAUCUUUUUACUGGCUUCUUUUGAAGAUCAAAGAAGCAUGUAACUCCACAGCUGCCUUGAAAUGAGAUUCCUCAUUCUCUUCUGAACUACCUACACCCUAGUACCACUUCACUGUCUUCUUCCACAUCAAAGUCAUCACAAACUCAGUUUUUUCUGAAGCAAGCACCUCCUCCUUAGUAGUUUGUAUUUCCUGUUCUUGCGCCAUAUGGCUCCACAUCAUCAGCCAUGCCGUCCACUCGUUAUCGGGUUUGGUUUUUUUCCCCCUCCAAAGUAUGUAAAGCUGUUGCUAAAACUUAAUUUUUAGCAGCAUAUUCAUCAGCUUAACGCAUGAUUGCAGACAGAACUGCAAUAGCAUUGUUGCAGAUAGAGCUAGUUCUGUUGAGGUUUGCCUUCUUCAGAAGGUAAAUUAUAUUUUCUUCUAAUUCAGAAAAGCUUGACUUAUUUUUAAAUAUAUUUAACAGAUUAAAGUAUGUUUUUGUAAAAAUGUUGUUUUUUUUCCCCAGCCUUGCCUAUUGUUUUCACAGGGUUUGGGGUACGUCCUAAAUUGGGAGAGUUAAAAUACUGACUGCAAGUGGAUCCCCCCCAAUCACACCGGUGGAUAUCGCCUCGCACGUCAUGGCAGAAAGCGAUGCAGCACCAACCAUACCAAAAAAGUGUGGUCCAUACAUUUCAUCUGUAACCAGUCAUGGCAUGAACUUGGUGAUUCGUGGAAUAGUGCUGUUUUUUAUUGGUGUACUUCUUGCAUUAGUAUUAAACUUGCUACAGAUUCAGAGAAAUGUCACGCUUUUUCCACCAGAUGUGAUCACAAGCAUCUUCUCUUCAGCUUGGUGGGUACCACCUUGCUGUGGCACAGCUGCAGCUGUGAUUGGGUUGUUGUAUCCCUGCAUGGACAGACAUCUGGGAGAGCCACAUAAAUUUAAAAGAGAAUGGUCCAGUGUAAUGCGAUGUGUAGCAGUCUUUGUGGGUAUAAAUCACGCUAGUGCUAAGGUGGAUUUUGCCAACAACAUACAGUUGUCUCUUACACUAGCAGCGCUUUCAAUUGGACUAUGGUGGACCUUUGAUAGAUCACGAAGUGGCUUUGGUCUUGGAAUAGGAAUUGCUUUUCUGGCCACCUUGGUAUCACAGCUUCUGGUCUACAAUGGGGUUUACCAAUAUACAUCUCCAGAUUUCCUUUAUGUUCGUUCCUGGUUACCAUGUAUAUUUUUUGCUGGUGGCAUUACUGUGGGGAACAUUGGUAGGCAGCUGGCAAUGUAUGAAUGCAAAGUCAUUGCAGAAAAAUCUCACCAGGACUGAGGAAAAGUAAAAUAAAUCUUGUAUACAAGAAAAUAUAUGACAAACAACUGUCGGAAGAACAUGCUAUAAGGAAUAUUUUGACUAUAAAAUUGCCAAAAUGCAGUUUUCCCCUUCCCCUUGAAUGGUACACGUUAUUGCAAUCUGUGAUUGCUGCUUCUGUAAGUCAGUUAGAAACCUUGGUGUCUGAUUACUGUGAAGUAACACUCGUAUGCAAUACAUUUGACAAUAUUUGUUCCUAGACAAGAUUGGCGAAAAAACAAUCUAAACUAGGUUUACCAUCUUUUUUUCACAAUGUUACAGUGCCAAACAGAUCUUUGAGUUACUGUACUGUAGCUGAAAAUUCUGCUUCAGCUUUUCUAGGCAAUUUGGGGAAUUGAAGGUUUUGAUAGUUUAUUAAAAGCCAGAAUUAAUUCAGAAUUAAGGUUGAAGAGAUUGCAACUCAUGCUGGUUGAGUCAUAAACAUGUCUUCUCCCCUGAACAGAAUCACAGCCUUGCUACUGAUGAAUGAAGACACGCAUCACCUAGGGCCAGAUUCUGACACUACUAGCCAUGCUGAGUAAUACUUUACUCUACAAGUAGUCUGGCUGAAGUUCGUGGGACUAGUGGGUGGGGGAAGGUUCUAUUUUAAGUACAUGUAUGGGCCCAUUAAUGUAAUAUCUGAGAGCCUCAAACUCUAUAAUGUAGUUAUCCUCACUAUCCUCACUGUGAGAUAGGGAAGUACUCUAAUUCUCAUUUUAUAGAUGGGGAACUUAGGCACAGAGAGGCUAAAUUUCUUGCCCAUGGUCACACAGGAAAUCUGUGGUAGAGCAGGGACUUGAUCCCAAGUCUUCCAAGACAGAGGUUAUUGCACUAACCACUUCUCCUUCUGUCAAUAUGUGUGUUGGAAUCUGACCUAUAUUUUGGGGCUUACACGCAGUUUCCCGUUUUGAUUUUGCAGUUCCCCCUUGAGAUUAUAGGGCAAACUCUCCUUGUCUUCAAAUAGACACCCCCUGAUUAAUUUAAAUUGAUUUCUGCCUGAUUAUGCCAGCAGUGAAUUAGGCCUGGAACAUUCCCACCUCUUGUUUCUUGACGUCCAUCACUGUCUUGAUGUUGUUUAAACAAGUUCUUUUAUUGCAUUUUAAUUAUUAUUAUUAUUUUAUUUUUAAUCUUCCAUGAAAGAUUUUUAAAACACAUUACAGUCAUGUAAGGAGACUGAAGUUGGUCCAAAGAACAAAUACAUGUUUAGAUAAGUUUUAAUAAAUAAUGAUGUCUAUGUAUGUAUUGUACAUGAAGUCUGAUAUAGGCAAUUUUUUUUCAGUCUUGUGUGCUUCUAUCUGAAGUCUAUAACAUAUGCAGUGAAAUGCCUCCAAUAGCAUGUAACAACAAUAAGAGUCACCAGAAGGAAAAACUUUUGCAUGGACUAAGUUUUUAAAAUUUGUAAAUAAGCAAAUGAUAUUUGGAGAUCUCAGUUCAGCAAGCUCCACAGUUUUUCAUUGGCUUAUUACAGCUCCAUGACAUUUCAGUGCCUCAUGCACAUUUUCACAUAUUUGUCAUAAUUCAGGAAAGCACUUAAGCAGGCUCUUUCCUUUAAGCUAUCGUUAAGCAUAUGCUUAAGUGCACUCCUGUUUAGGGAUGUUUCUCUUCCAUCAGGGCCAUAAUAAUGCAACCUUGGAUGUUACAUAAAUGAAGGCUGUAAUUCCAUCUUCAGGUUCUGGCAUUUCACAAGGAACCUGCUGAUAUAUUUUAAAUGUAUUUUUUUUUCCAUAACUUUCGACCUGAUCUGCAUUCCUUACUCAGGCAAGUAAUUUCAGUUGGACUGCCUGAUCAGAUCCUCAGCAUUGUUGUCUUCAUAAAAAGUCAAUGAUUGGCAUAAAAGCUGAGAUAUUGAUCAUAAUUUUUACAAUAGCUGUAGGGAAAUAAUGUGGUACCUCAGAUUCCAGGGCUUUAAUGGUGACCACUGUAUGUGUGUAAAACUGGAGGUAAGUAAUUUCUUAUUGUUUGCUUAGUAAUAAGUUCUUCUAUCUAUUGGUUUACAUACUUAUAGAAAACAGGACAUGCAUAUUCAAAUGUACAGUAAAAAUCCUUGUGAAAAGUGGUUAUUGUUCAUUUGUGGCACCCACUUUGCAACAUUUUAAAAUCACAUUAAUUUAAAAAUGAUUGGAAUAUAUUGUCUGCUAACUUCUUUCCAAAUUUCAGUUUUGAAACUUUAAGCUGAUUGUGCAAAAUGCACUUGGGUGGUCUCCUUUAUUAUAGAGAUGUUAUUUUUUUAAUUCUUAUUUGACUAAAAUAAAUUGCUGCCGGACUAAAACCUUGUAUGCCAAAUUUUCAAACUGCAUUAUAAUUUUAUGGCUGGAAUACUCAGAACCUGAAAAAAGACGUACAUAAUGGGAAUGCUGACACAGCCUUAACUAUAGUGGUGUGAACAUGCUGCUAUUGUAUAGUGUGUAAUUUAUAAUAUUAGACUGUCUUCAAAGCGUUCCAUAUAGAAUGAAUAAGGUAUAUUUUAGAUACAACUUUAUAAACACUGUAAACUCUUCACUAACUAUGAGUUGUAAGGUCUAUGCUGUUUACUUCUCCUGUUAAAAGCAAAAUAUGUAUUAAAUAUAAUUACAAUCUUU